AUGGCGGCGCUGGUAGCGCCUGAGGCCGCGGCGCCCCGGGGCCCGACAGAAGCAGGGGAGACGACCGAGGAGGCGGAGCUGAGCCGCUCUCUGAGCCGCCUGCUGCCCGGGCUGGAGGCCGACAGCAAGCUGGGCCGGCGGCGCGCUCUGGAGGCGCUGCAGCGGGCGCUGGAGGCGGCGCAGUUCCAGGCGCCUGACGCCGACCCCGACGCCGCGGCUGCGGCCUUCCAGGGCCCUUGGGUGAACCUGCUGCUGCCGCGCCUGCUGCGCCGCCUGGCUGACCCGGCCGAGGGCUGCCGCACGCUGGCCGUGCACCUGCUGGGGCUGGGCCUGCGGCGCGCCGCGCGGCCCCGCGACGCCCUCCCGCGCCUGCUGCCCGCGCUCGCCGCGCGGUUGGCCAGCCCCGAGCCCGCGCGCCGCCCGCCGCCCGAGGCCUGUGAGGAGCUGCGCCUGGCGCUCGUGCAACUGCUCGGCCUGGCCGUGCGCCUUGCCGGCGCCGCGUUCGCGCCCCACCUGGACGACGCGGUGCGCGCGCUGCGCUGCACGCUGCUCGACCCCUUCGCCGCCGUGCGCCGCGAGAGCUGCGAGUGCGCCGCCGGCCUGGCACGCGCCACUCCAGACCACUUCCACAUGCAAUCGGAGUCCCUGAUCGGCCCCCUGAUGCAGUCCAUCUCCCACCAGCACUGGAAGGUGCGGGUGGCUGUCAUCGAGGCCACGGGCACAGUGAUCCAGUUCGGCAGCGGGAAGUCAGUGGAUGAUGUUCUUCCUCACUUUGCUCAGCGGCUCUUUGACGACGUUCCCCAGGUGCGCCAGGCAGUGACACGCGUGGUGGGGGGCUGGCUACUGAGCCUGCGGGACCGCUACUCCUUCUUCCACAAGCUCAUCCCACUCCUGCUGAGCGGCUUCCACGACGAGAUCCCUGAGAUCGCGUGCGAGGCGACCAGCCUCUGGGAGCGGGUCGGCCUGCAGUGGCAGACGGAGAACGGGGAAGACCUCAAGGACAAGCUGGACUUUGCCAGCCCUCCCCCAGCCCACCACCCCUCGCCAGGGAGCCGCCCGGGGCUGGGCUGCCGAGAGCUCGUGUUCAGAAACCUCUCCAAGAUCCUCCCCGCCGUCUGGCACGACAUCGCUGACUGGGUGGUGGGCACCAGGGUGAAGUCAGCGCAGCUGCUGGCUGUGCUCCUGCUGCACGCGGAGGACCACAUCACGCAGCACCUGGAGCCCGUGCUGCGCACCCUGCUCCGCGCCUGCGCCGACGAGGAGGCAGCUGUGGUCUAUAGCUGCGAGAGGUCUGCAGAGCUGGUCGGCGCCUUCGUCAGCCCAGAGGUGUUUCUGAAGCUGAUGCUGCCGACGCUGAGGAAGUCCCCCUCGCCCCCAGGCCUCCUGGUCCUCGCCUCCCUCAUCCGAGGCUGCCCCAGGGAGGCUCUGCUGCCACACGUGAGAGUCGUCGCCGUGGAGCUGGCCCAGGCUCACAUCUGCCGAGGGUCUGAAAACCGCCUGUAUGGUGAGCGCCUGCUGCAGUGCGUGCAGGCCGUGGUGUCCGUGGGCCAGGAGGACUGCCGAGGGGCCGGCGAGCCGCUCCUGGAGGUGCUGGUGACCAUCCUGGCGCUGUGGGGGCCCACGGGCCUCGGCAACAAGGUCCAGGAGACACUGGCUGAGCUGGCUGCAGUGGAGGGCAUGGACAGCAGCCAGGACCUCUUCCGAGCACAUGUGAGCCCCCUCCUGGAGUGGCUGGCUGCCUCGCACCAGGACUGGACCGGCCACUCCGUGGAGCUUCUGCAGCUGGUCGUGGUGCUCACCCACUCAGGCCCUGCCCUCGGAGAAGCCCUGCCCCAGCUGGUCCCCAUCCUCAGGAGCUGCCUUCAGCCAGCCAGGGACCCAGCCAUGCGCCUGAAGCUCUUCUCCACCCUGACGGGCGUGCUGCUGAAAGCCCCAGAGACGGUGGAUUCACAGGGGCAUCUCCGCAGCUACCUGGACACCCUGGUCCAGGACAUCUUGGUCCCCAACCUGCAGUGGCAUGCCGGCAGGACGGCCGCAGCCAUCCGCACGGCGGCCGUGUCCUGCCUCUGGGCGCUUGUCAGCAGCGGGGUCCUAUCGGAUGGGCAGGUACAGGACAUGCAGGAGACAUUGAUGCCUCAAAUUCUGACCACCCUGGAAGAAGAUUCUCAGAUGACUCGAUUGAUUUCGUGCCGGAUCAUUAACUUGUUUUUAAAGACCUCUAAUGGUGUGAUUGAUCCAGACAAAUUCAUCAAGAUUUAUUCUGAACUCUUAAAGCGCCUGGACGACAUUUCCAACGACGUGAGGCUGGCAGCAAUCUCCGCCCUGGUCACCUGGCUGCAGCGCGUCCAGAGGGAGGCCUCGAAGUGCUGCUAUGAGAGCAGCAUCCGGCACCUGUACCGCGAGCUCCUCGUGUACCUUGAUGACCCGGAACACACCGUCCAGGACGCGGUUCUCGAGGCCCUCAAAGCAGGCAGUGUCCUCUUCCCCGACCUCCUGGUGAAAGAGACGGAGGCCGCCCUCCACAAGCACCGCUCGCCCACCCACUGCGAGCAGCUCCUGCAGCACCUGCAGGCCCUACUGCCUGCCCAGUGA